AUGGUUCUAGUCAUAUAUAAUCUUCCCCCAAAUGUUUGUAUGUCAUCUGAAAACUUGAUGCUUAGCUUACUCAUUCCAGGUCCUAGGCAACCAGGGAACGACAUUGAUGUAUAUUUGCAGCCUCUGAGAGAUGAUUUAGUGAAGUUGUGGAAUGGUGUUGAAAUGUAUGAUGCCUAUAGUAAAGCCAUGUUCAACCUUAGAGCUAUCUUAUUAUGGACCAUUAAUGAUUUUCCAGCUUAUGGAAACUUAUCUGGGUUGGCUGCGAUUCUUCCACGAAACCAUCAAUUCCGCAAAAAGCACAAAUGGUUCAAUGGUAAUGUAGAGAAAAGGAUGAGGCCUAAAAUUUUUACUGGGAGAGCUAUAGUUGCAGCUUUAGCUGGAUUUAAAAAUACGUGGGGGAAAAAAAAAGGGAAAGUGAAGAAGUUAAAAAGAGGUGAUACGGCUAAGAUACUGAAGAAGAAGUCUGUGUUAUAUGACUUGCCAUAUGGGGAGGAACUGCCUUUGUGUUAUAAUACGGAUGUCAUGCAUUGUGAAAAGAAUGUGUCUAAGGCUAUUUUACGAGCCAUCUUUGAUGAGAAGGGGAAUUCUAAAAUUAGAGGUUUAUCAUGUAGAGAUUUAGAGUUGAUGGAACUUAUGGACGAUGAUGUUCCUAAAGAAGAAAGAAAAGAUAAGAUUGAUAGUUCACAACCUUACACCUUUACAAAAGUUGAGCUUCAGAAGUUUUGUUGGAGGCUAUACAUGCAAAGAUUUCCUGAUGGAUACUGCUCCAAUAUAGCAAAUUGUGUCAAGAUGAAAGAUUGCAAACUUCAGGGACUGAAGUCCCAUGAUCAUCAUGUCUUAAUGCAAGUACUUAAUAAGAGAAGAUUGGAAGAGCUAGAAGAUGAGAUUAUUGAAACUUUGUGUUUGUUUGAGAGGUACUUCCCUCCAUCGUUUUUCGACGUAAUGAUUCAUCUUACAAUUCACAUAGGAAGAGAAGCAAAACUAUGUGGUCCUGUGCAUUAUAGAUGGAUGUACCCUUUUGAGAGAUACAUGAAGGUGCUUAAAGAUUAUGUUAAGAAUCGUGCAUGUCCAGAAGGAAGUAUUGCAGAAAAUUACCUAGCUGAUGAGUGUAUUCGGUUUUGUGGUCGAUAUAGUAAACAUCCUAUCUUUAGUAGUAAGCGAAAACGGAAUGAUGUUGAUGAAAAUGAGUUUAUUAAUGAAGGAUCAACGAUUCUAAAGGGUCAAUCUGUUCAACUUACUGAUGAAAUGCACAAGGCUGUGCAUCUCUGUGUUCCUAACAACAGUGAACAAAUUAGGUCUGAAGGGAAAAGUAUUAGUGUUGGUCUUGAUGAUACGUUGUUUUACCUUGCAAAAGGGCCAAGGCGUUGUGCAAUGUCGUACUCUGGUUUUAUUAUCAAUGGGAAACGCUUCCAUACCAUGGAAGCUAAUGUGUCUACGCAAGAUUAUGGUGUGCAUAUAGAAGCAGAUAACUUAUGCAAUUAUUAUGGCAUUAUUAGAGAUAUUUUGGUUUUGGACUUCCACAAGUUACGCCUAGCUGUUUUUCAGUGUGAUUGGGCUAACAUGGGUCCUGGUGUGAAAAAAGUAGAUGGAUUCACCUUAGUUAACCUUCAUGAAGGUUUAACUAAAAAAGAUCCAUUUAUUUUAGCUUCGCAUGCCCAACAAGUGUUUUAUUCUAAAGAAUCUGAACAAUCAAGUUGGUAUGUGGUGUUGAAGGCACCACCAAGAGGUUUUUAUGAUCUGGAACUAUUUGAUGAGAGUGUGUUUACAUCUUUUGUUGCUCAAGAGUCCUCUGCACUUCAUGUAGACAAUGAUGAUGGUGUUGAACCUUAA